GUGUUGAGGUGUCUCAGAUUGCAUUUGCCUUCAGUGAUUCACAGAGUACUGAAAGAUUUAAAACAAAAUAACCAAAGCAAAGCAAAGCAAAGGAGAAGGAAAAGGAGAAAGAGAAAAGAAGGAAAAAGAACUGUUUUGAAAGUGUGAUUAUAUACAAACUAAAAAUGUAUCUCUGUAUUUAUCUUUUCAUGCUAAUCAUACCUGUGGAACUUAAUGAAAGUAAUCAGGCAAAUGAGAAUACUGAAAAAGGUGGACUAUGCAACGCAUGUACAUGGAGACAGAAUACAAAAUCUUCAAGAAUAGAAGUUAUAAAAAUUCAGAUCCUCAGUAAACUGCGUCUAGAACAAGCACCUAACAUUAGCCGGGAUAUUAUAAGGCAACUUUUACCUAAAGCUCCUCCAUUGCAAGAACUGAUUGAUCAGUAUGAUAUCCAGAGAGAUGACAAUAGUGAUGACUCUUUAGAAGAUGAUGAUUAUCAUGCUACAACAGAGACUAUUAUUACAAUGCCUACAAACUCUGAUUUUCCUAUAUCUGUGGAAGGAAAACCCAAAUGUUGCUUCUUUAAAUUUAGUUCUAAAAUACAGUAUAACAGAGUAGUUAAAGCCCAGUUGUGGAUUUACUUAAGACAAGUCCAGAGGCCUACAACAAUAUUUGUGCAGAUCCUGAGACUCAUCAGACCUAUGAAAGAUGGUACAACUUCGACUGCAAUUCGAUCCUUGAAACUUGACAUGAACCCAGGCACUGGUAUUUGGCAGAGUAUCGAUGUGAAAACUGUUUUGCAAAAUUGGCUUAAACAACCUGAAUCCAACUUGGGCAUUGAAAUCAAAGCUUUGAAUGAAAAGGGAAGAGAUAUUGCAGUGACCUACCCAGGACCAGGAGAAGAAGGCUUGAAUCCUUUUUUAGAGGUCAAGAUUACAGAUAUGCCAAAAAGAUCACGUAGAGAUUUUGGGCUUGACUGUGACGAACAGUCAACAGAAUCUCGAUGUUGUCGUUACCCAUUGACAGUGGAUUUUGAAGCCUUUGGAUGGGACUGGAUUAUCGCACCCAAAAGAUAUAAAGCAAACUACUGCUCUGGAGAAUGUGAAUUUGUAUUUUUACAAAAAUAUCCACAUACUCAUCUGGUACAUCAAGCAAAUCCAAGGGGUUCAGCAGGCCCUUGCUGCACACCUACAAAGAUGUCCCCAAUAAAUAUGCUAUAUUUCAAUGGAAAAGAACAAAUAAUAUAUGGAAAAAUACCAGCUAUGGUAGUAGAUCGUUGUGGCUGCUCAUGAAUUCUGCAUUAAGUUUGCUGCUUCAUAAAAUGUGGAAUUUACCAAUAUAUGUAUAUAUUUCCCUUCAGCAAUUUUGGAAACUGUGAAUUUUUAAACAAUAGGCCUACCUCUUACAGGUUAUAUUUUAGGCUAUUGUAAAGAUUUCCUAGCAGGCAAAGUACAAUAUAAGAACUGAAAGACAUUUUUAAUGCAAGUGGUGUUUUUUAAUCAGUGAAUAUGAUAAGCUACAAUCAAUCCCUCAAGAUUUUAUGAUUUACUUGCUAUGAAAAGAGCUAUCUUUUCAUUUAUGCAAACACUAUAAUCAUAUAUUAAGUUCAACAAAUAAAAAUAGAUAAAGUAACUCCUCCUCGUAUUCCAAAGAAUUAAAAGGAGUUUACUAAUAUAGUAUAUAGUAUUAACAAUUUAUUUUACUGUUGUAUUUACACUAGAGGAUAUUCUGGCAAAAUGCAGAAUGAUGAGUAUCACUGAAUUAUCCUCAAACACUUGAAUUGAUUUGAUAGUAUAAAAACAGAUAAGAUGAAAUUCCACAGAGUAGAUAAAUCCACAAAUUAUGAUAACUUCAUUGUCUGUUCAUUCCUUUUAUAAUUGUUACUUUAAUUAUUUUCUGGCAAUGGUGCUAUCACAAUAGAUUCAAUAUGCAAUCCUAAGUAUUUGCUGCAAGAAUCCAAAAUAAGAAUACUGCAAUGUAACUAUUCUGAAUACUGUAGUAGAAAUAUACAGACCAACAGGAUUUCAGGCAUUAAAGUUCAUGACACAUAUAACACAAUAAAUAGGAUUCUCAAUUAUAGUUUAUUAAUUAUUCACAAGCAUGGAAAUUUUAAUUAAAGUUUGUGUGUGCUUAUGUGUGGUCCUUAUUGUAGCAAAUAUCUACUGACAAGAUUACAAAAGCAAAACUGGUACUUUAUUAUAAAAUUAUUAUAACCAUACUGCAACCUUGCUUGCCUAAUGACAUACAGUUGGUCAAAUUAAUGAGCACAAUACUGUAAAAUAAAAUGUUGAUAUAUUACAAGGUUUGUUUAUUAUAUAUACACACAAAAUACUAUAUUGUAAAUAAAUGUUAAUUUUUUAUUUACUCUGAGUAUAUGGUGCGCCACAUGGGCUUGUCUUUUUCUACCACAUAAAGUUGUACUUCGAUUACUGGUAUGUUAAAUUCUUUUAAUUCUUUUGCAAUAAGUACAUUCUUAAUCAGUGUAUAUUCUUACACUCCUGCAAGCACAGAUAUACAUGUUAAAUAGUCCAUAAUACUUAUGGCUUCAUUCAAAUAUUCUUAUUUUUUAAAAUAUAUAUACGCUACUUCAUUCAAAGUUAACAAGGGAGUUGAAUGGAAGAAUUAAUGGGACACAGUAAUUGUUGAUAUAAAACAUCAGCAAAAUAAUCCAUAAAACAAGUAAAUAUAUAUUUCUGUUUGUUUGAAUUACUGUGAUAUACAAUAAAGACAUAAGAGACUUUAUGUGGUCUAUCUAAGGAUGCCCUUGCAGAUGCAGAAAUAAUGUUUUAUAUUUUGCACUAAAACAUUAUGUGAGAAAAAUGAAACUAAAUCCCAGUAGGGACUUCCAUAAAAAUUUGACCUGUAUGAAUUUAAAAAAAACAAACAAAGUAAAGGACUAUUGUGAUGGGUGAAGCUGAAUUCUUGCAUAAAAUCUUGAAAAAGCAUUUUCUGAACACUACCUUUAAAAAGUCUCUUCACUUGAUGUUUUAGAUCCAAUUGUACAAAUAAUGACCUCUGUAUUGAUAAAAAUUAAAGCAAAGUCAAGUUUUUCACAGUCUGUAAUACUUCUCACAAUGUAAAAUUGAUGGCAUUUUUUCAAGUGCUAAAAUUGUAUAUGUUAUUAGAUUUAUUUUAUAUGUAUGUAAUAAACAU